GACGCAUACAAAUGUGAAGUAGAUCUUGUUGAUGACUUCAAUUAUUUUGGUGUGUUUGAUGGGCAUGGUGGAUCUGAAGUGGCAAAAUAUUUACAAAAGAAAUUACAUAAAGAUGUAGAAGACUUUUUAGGUCAACAAAAAGACCCUGAGCUUGCUCUUCAGUUAGCAUUUUUAGCUUGUGAUGCAAGUUUAAGAGAUCCAAUUGGUCUUCAGGAAUUAAAUGAAAUGGUUGAAGCUGAUAAUAAGGCUACGAUUGCCAAUAUUGAAAAGAACAGAAAAGCAGUUUUUAAUAUGGCAGUAAUUAACAAUGAUGGUGCUGGAUGUAGCAAAGAUGUUUUAGAUUGUAGUUUAAAUUUUAACAGCCUCAAAGGUGAUAUUGCCACCAGUAGUGAUAAUCAAGACGAUGUUGAAACUAUGAGUGUUGAUGAAUCAGAAGCAAAUCCAUCUACUGAAGAUAAUGCUGAUUGUCAAAUGGAUACUUUAAAGUAUUUGCUUAAAGAUGAUUUAGAAACUUCUGACCCAGAAGAUGAUGAUUUUGAUGUUGAAGAUGAAGAAUCAAGUAGUGAAAGUGGAGAUGAAGAAACAUUUGAAGAUAUGGAGAACUUAGAGCCUGGAGUACAUAGUGGUUCUACUGGUACUGUGCUUUUGAUUGGAAGUAAACACUAUUAUUGUGCCAAUGUUGGAGACUCAAGGUGUGUAUUGUCCAGAGGUGGAGAAGCAAUUGAUUUGUCUAUUGAUCACAAACCCGAUGAUCCUGAAGAAAUGAAAAGGAUAAAUGCUACUGGAUCAGUUGUUUCUGAGGGACGUAUUAAUAAAAGCCUUAACCUUUCUAGAGCAUUCGGUGACUUUUAUUAUAAGGAUGCUUCUUUAGCUCCUUUUGAGCAGUGUGUUACUGUUGAACCUUCCAUAACAACUCUUGCUGUUGAAGAAAAAGAUGAAUUCAUUAUUGUUGCCUCUGAUGGUAUUUGGAAUUCAAUGUCAAGUCAAGAAGUAGUUGAUUUCAUUACUAUGAGACUUAAAGAAGAAGAAAAUUUGAGGAUAAUUUCUGAAGAAUUGUUUAGGCUCAUUAUAUCCCCGGACACUAGUGGUGAUGGAACUGGCUGUGAUAAUAUGACAUGCAUUCUUAUCAAAUUAAAUCCUUCAGAAUUUAACCAUAGUAAUGCUUCUGAAAGUCAGCUGACUGGAAAUAGUCAUAUCUCUAACAGUGUUCAGUUAGAACAAGUUGUUGAAAAGUGACUUCAUAAGAUAAAAACAUAUGCAUCAAAAAACAAUUAACCAUUUAAGAAACUGUGUAAUGGUAAACUAUUCUGAAUAAUAUAAGUCAAUUGAAAUUUAAAUUAAAAAUUUCAUAUGUUAAAAUUUAUGCAUUUGUUCUCUGGGCCAUAGGUACACCAAUACAACAAAUAUGUUUCUGAAACUUUACUAUAUCACCUUGAAUGGCAUGUAAACGAAAGUGUUAAGAAAAUAUGUGAUUAGAAUUCUGAAAUUCUCUUGAAUAAAACAAUAUUUUUGUAACAAAUAUUUUUAUAUUCAAUGACUUAAUCUGUAUUGUUUGGUUUAAAUGAAUUGAUAAGUUUAGAUAUUUCUUCUCAUUUUAAAUGCAUUUUUUAAAUUAAUAACUGAUUAGUUUAUGCACAUUUUCUCAUUAUGAAUGAAUUUUUAAAUAAGAAAACUUUGUUUAUUAGUUAAAUGUAUAUCAUGUCAAUGUAGGUAUUAAAUUUUUUUAGCCUUUUUAAUUUUUUUCAAAAAUUUAUAUUUUUAUUUCUUAAUCCUUCUUUUGGGGUAUAAAUAAGUUUGUUAAUUAUUGUUAAAUUUUACGCAAUGAGGGAAUCUAAGUUCUAUUAAGCCAAAUCUGUGAUAUCUAAUGUUAAUAUUAAAAAAUAUUUGGCUUGGAAGGAAAUCCACAAAAAAUAAAAUCGAUGAAAUAAAGUAAACCUAAUAAUGUAUUGUCUUGUUAUAGAAAAUUAAUGUAAUGUGUGUAAUAUAAAAUUGAUCUUUUUAUUUAUUUGACAGUUAUAUGUGAUAAAUAUCCCAAUAAAAUUUUCUCUCAAAUAUCUUAUUUUAUCAGUUCUAAAAUUCUAUUUUAAUGUUGAUUGUAUUAACAAAGGGAAAAAAUAAUUGUAACUUCCUUAAAAAUUUAUUGUGAAGCUAUUUACAUUGUUUUUUCAAUUGCACAGCAGUAAUAUGGUUAUAUGAUAGUCGAUGAAAAGAGAAAGAUUAAAAAAUGUAUAUAUUUAAUAUUCUGCUUUGUUAAAACCUUUAAUAAUAAUUUUUUCUGAGUUUACAUUAAAUAGAAGCUAACGAUUAAGAGAUAGAACUCGACAUCUACUCAUUAAGGAAUGUGGAACACAAAUUUAUCAACGAAUUUAUUCACUAAAAAAAUAUUAAAAAUUCAAAAUGAAUAGAGAUUUCAGAAAUGAAAUUAAGGAGUUAGGAAAUCUGUAAUGCCUACAGUGGCAUGACAAUGUAUAUUCUCAUUGUUUUAAUAAUUUUUUCUGAAAGCUGUUAAAAUCAUAAUACUGAGCAAUUUUCCGGGAGCCACAAUCUGAUGUUCCACAAAUAAUCAAUCGUUAAAAGAGGUAGUAUUGUCACGAUAUUACCAAAAUAAUUUACAUAAAUAUAUUAAACAUUUUGCAUGAAUAAGAUUGAUGUGUUAAUGUUUAUGUUAUUGCUUAGUGUAUAAGUAGUACUAUAUAUACGUUAAGAGUUUUUAAACAUUUUUUAAAGGAAAAAAAAUGUAGACUAUUAUAUUUUUACUUUUUCAUACAAUAUUACUCUCUUGUUUAUUUUGUAUGUCUGAAAUUUUUUUUGAUUAGGUUUUAUGGAUGUUCUUAUAUGAAUGAAAUUUUGAAUCAAAUAAUUUUGUAAUUUGUAAAAUGUAUGUUAAUUUUUUUCCUUGUAAUUUAUUUUUAAAACUAUAAAGAGAUAAUACAGUGAAACUUUCUGGGAGUCAACAUAUGUUCUACAAAAAUCUUAUCAUUAAAAGAGGUAACAAAUUAUCAGGGUUUGGAUUAUUAUUAAAAUUUACACAAAAAUAUUUACAAACUAAAUUGCAUUUCGUUUUAAUACACUGAAAUCAAUAGGUGUAAUUUAAAAGUUACUACAUGUUAGUUUUUUUAAAAAAAAAAAGAUUAACCUUUGUUUCAUUUUUUUUUUAAAUUUAAGUUUCUUAACUAUGAAACAGUUAAGGUGUUUUAAUUCUUUUUUUAAAAUUGAAAGCAAUAGCAUUUAUUUAAAUAUUCUUGCUUUCUAAAUGUGAUAUGAUAAAAUGUCUGCUAGGCUGUUCAUCAUAUCUGCUUGCUGAUCAGACUGAUUCUGAAUUAAUGUCAGAAGUAAAAAAAAAUAUUUCUGUUAUUUAUCUAAGGGGCAUAUUUGCUGAGUAAAAGCAAAAUUUUUAAAUGCAUUUUGGAAAAACCAAAUUUUGAAUCUGCACUUUUAAUCUGUUGUUUUUAUAGGAUUAUUUAGUUUUACAUGACUUUUUAUUUUUUAGUUGAUAAAAUAAAAAAUUUACGCCUUAAAAAAGUGGACAUUGGAAGCCCGUAAAAGAGUUUCACUGUGUAUUAAAUUCAAAAUAUUUUUUCGCAUGAUCUGUUAAGUCUAGUCUGUCCAUUACAAUAUGAACUCUUAACAGCAAACCUACCGAAUGCUCAUCUUGCAAUGGUCUGACUGUAUAUAUAAAAAUAAAUUAAGCAUUUAUUCUUUCAAAUAUGCUAGUUUAUUUGCUUGAAAUCUAAAAGCACUAUUUUAUCGAUGUGUAAAUCAUUCAUCUAUAAAGCUGACUCCUGAUUUUUAUGCUUAAAAAUAGCUAUUAAAUGUAAGAUUAGUUUUUAUAAAUUAUCUUUUUCCCUCAUUUAAAGAAAUUAAAUUUUCAUUUCUGAAGAAGGAAGAAAAAUUUGUCAAAAACUGAGUAUUAAAAAUGUUCCAGAAGAAAAUUUCUAUUUAUUUUUCCAUUUAUUGGUCAAUAGUUUGAAUUAUUACACUGGAAGAAUGAUGCUAAAAACUUUUUUUGUGUUAAUUUUUUUAAAAAUAUGUUGGUAAUUUAAAUUUUACUUUGGAUUAUUUCAUUUUUUAAGUAUUUUUUGUAAGUCUAUACUUUGCAUCACCUUAACUUAGCAAUGUGUUGUAACCUACAAUGUAUGAAAGAGUCAUUUAUGGGGGACAUAUCAAAAUUGGUAGUUUUUAUUUGCAAUUAUACUGAAAAGUGAAAGAUAAACUCAUCAAUACAUAUAAUCAUUCUGAAAGAAAAUUUCUCUACUCAAUUGUUUGAAAGAAAUAUUGCAGUUGUUUAAUAUUGUUGAAUUAAACAUCAUUUAAUGACUAUGGAAUUAAAAAAUCAAAUAAAAUUGUACCAACCAUCUAAAAAUUGGUUUAUUUUCUUAAAAUUUUUCUACAUGUGUAUGAAAUUCUUUUACACUUUAAAGUUUUACAACUUAGAAAUGUUUAACUUGAUUAUGCAAAAUUGGUUUCAUCUAUAAGCUAUGUAAAAAAAGUUACUUGAAUAUUUUUACAUUGCUAAAAUAAUUCCCACCGUAACUUUAUUAUGUCUGAUUUCGCAAUUAGGUUUGCUUUUGUAAAAAAAUAAAUUCUCAUUUUAGAUUAUUUUUAUAAUUAAGGGAAAUAUAAUUUUAUAAAAGCAACGAGUAGUUAGCUGUUUUUAAAUAUUUAUUAGAAAAAUUUUUGAAUUUUACUUCUUCAAUUUCAAAAUUUACUUUUUUACUCAAAAUUUUCUUUUGUGAUAAUCAUUAUCAUUAAUCAUUACAUUGGGUACUGUAGCUUUUACAACACUGUCAAGUUAACUUGACACAAUGUAUAGUUUAACAAAGAUUAUAGACUAUUAGAAUUUUAAAUAAUUUAUGUGAAAUACUUAAAGCGUAAUGAUUGUUCUUCAAAUAAUAAAUAAAUAAAUCCUGUUUUGUGUAUCCUGUGUCAAAGUUUGUAUCUAGAAAUUUUGCUAGUAUCUAAAUUUCUGAUCAAGUAUAUAAUUAUCUUUGUUAGAAACAUGAAUAUGAGUUUAGUUAUAUUUUGGAAAAAACUAUUUUAUUGUUAUCUUCAUGAAGUUUGUUUUUUCUUCAACUUUUUCUAGUGGUGCCAUACCAGGAGAAAAACUUUUCAUCUCAAAUUCUUUUUAAAUGUCAAAUGAUUAAACGUUUAGAUCAGUGGUGGAGAAACUUUUUUUAAGACGGGCCAUUUGUAAUAACUAGACAAUCGUAGCGGGCCAAAGAAUAAUGCUUAAUCGUUAAAAAAUUUAUGUGUUCUAUAAACAUAUACAAGAACGCAUUCAAGCAUUCUCACGACGGCACUCUUAAACGGGCCGUAGUUUCCCCAUCACUGGUUUAGAUACUGAGAAAGGUUCCUUUGAACCUAGAAUUAAUAAAUAUACUGAAAUACUGAGAAUCAAUUUUUUUAAAUAUCCAACUAAAAAUAAAUUAUGAAAAGAUAACUUGUGAAGCAAUGAUGUUUCCUUCCAAUAAUUUAUUUUGCAUUUUGAUAUUUUUUUUCUUUAAUUAAACCUUCAUGGCUUACUCUAGGAUUGCCUGAACUUACUUUUUUUCUUUUAAAUUAGUAUUGGAAGUGAAUUUGUGACUAAGUUUCUUCCGUGGUAUGAUGCCCUCUUACGUUUUUAUUUCAACUUUAUCAACCACAUGUUUUAUUCAAAUAUUUUAUAAUGUGCUCUUUUAAAAUAAGUAUAUGAACAUAUGUUUAUUAUCAAAAAGGUGAUAAUCAAUUUUUGUCUUUGUUUCAUUUUCUCAUUAGCUUUCUCUCAUCUUGAGUAUAUUUUUUGUUGCUUUUUCAACAAUUUGUGUUGUAUUGUUAGUUAUUCAUUAAAAUAACUUUUAAAAAAUCAGGUUUUCUUUUAAUGUUGAUAAAAUGCUGCAAAUAGAUAUGGAUCUGCCAAUUAAGAAUAUUUUUGUAAAUAUUUUAUAUUGAAUUAAUUCCACGUUGAUUGCAGAAUUCUAGCGCAAAGACCGUGGUGCCGUAUGUAAUAGAAAUUGCUGCAAUACAUCACAUAAUUAUGUAUUAAACAGUGUGCCAAUUAAUAGUGACUAAUUUUAAAA